AUGAGCCCACAGUAUCAACAAUCUCAAAUGAGUCCACAGUAUCAACAACCUCAAAUGAGUCCACAAUAUCCACAGCCUCAAAUGAGUACUCUACUGCCAAAUCAAUUGAAUUCAUCUUUGCCACAGAUUGCAAAUUAUUCCCAACAGCAAUGUUCGGGUUUUCAACAACCAAUUCAAUCUUAUUAUCAACAAACAAAUCCAAUAAAUGAGAUGAUGCAAGCUAUUAUCAUACAGCAACAGCAAAUUUCAUUUUUGUCUGAAAUGAUUAAGCAACAACAAAAUCAAAUGCAGUUUGAUCAGCAACGUAAUUAUCCAAAUCAACUCCAUGUCAACGUUUCUCCCUAUUCAAAUCAGCAACUAAAUUAUAAUUCUAUUCAACAACAGAAUUAUAAUUCUAUUCAACACCAGAAUUAUAAUUCUACUCAACAACAGAAUUAUAAUUCUACUCAACAACAGAAUUAUAAUUCUACUCAACAACAGAAUUAUAAUUUCACUCAUCAUCAGAAUUCCGAAUUCAUUCAGUCAUCAAAUUAUGCAUAUUCUCAACAAACAUAUACUUCGGAUCAACAGCAAAACUCUGCUUAUUUUCAGAAUCAGAAUGAUGCUAAACCUCAGCAUCAAAAUUCUCCUUCUCAUCAAAGGCAGAGUUCUAAUGAUUCGAGUAAAUCAUUUGAUGAUUCAGAUUCAGAAGAAUUCGACGAUAUCUAUGUAGUCAAAUAA